GAAUUUUGGGUGGUUAAUUUGGUUGGUUGAUGUAUUUAAGUUGAUGUUCUGUUUAUUGUUGAAGUAUUAACAUCACAUUGAGAGAGAAAAAAAAAGUGUGAUAUCCCUUUAUAUGUAAUAAGUAUUUAGUAACUUUAAAAAAAAAAAAAAACUACCUGGAGGAACGAUCCAAUCAGCGGCGAGAGAGAGGCGGGGGGGAAGGACGGCGCGUGAGAGGAUCGAAGAGAAGAAGGAGUAAAGAAAAGUUGGUAAAACACCAGCUUUAUAUUGGUGAUCGGGGAAAUGUGAGCGAUAGACAGCGAGUGUGUCGCUUAAGAACAUUCUCCCCGCUUUGUUUAGAAUUAUAUGCGGUGUUUGAGUACAUUUUUAUUUUAUUUUUAUUUUUUUUACCGCGACGAGCCGGAGAAUGCUAGCAAAACCUAGCUUGCUAAUGGAAGCGUCCAGGGACUGCGCGCGCGAGUAGCCUACGCGGCUCUCUUGCUUUACGCCCAGGAACACGAACUUCGAUCCCCGGCGAAACCCUUGUUUGGGGAUGUGGACGUCCAUUGUCAUCUACUGCGCCACCACAGCGCUGCCCGUGUGAGGACGUCGACAACCAGCCAUAACAGGGCAAGUUCAUUUUUUUUUAGCGCUUUGACGCGAAGCGGCCAGUUACUUUAGGCCUCUCCGCUCACCAGCCUCGCCUCAGGCCUGCACCGCUGACUCGAUUGGGUACCAAAUUUCACCUCAGGUUUUCAUUUUAUGUGUAUUUUUUUAGUAUAAAACUGCCGGCUUUGGAAUUGUAUGUAUAAUAAUUUGUGGCAUUAUCCUGAUUGGGGUGGGAAAUCCUGUUUAGUAACCUUUUAAUUUAUGUAUAUAUUUCCAGUAAACAGUCAAACUUUAUUAUGUUUGUACAUUUUUCCCCUGCUGAUAAUUCAUUGGUAAAGGUAACCUCUUUGUUCUAAAAAGAGGGUAAAGGAGUGUUAUAUUACUGAGGUAAAUGAUUAGUUCCCUUUAUGCAUUGAUUAACAUUAGAGAGAGAUCUCUUAUAUCAAAGGAAAGGAUUCGGGGGCGCACUCCAACACAUAGCCAGACACGCUAGGGGGCGCUACAUAAAAUGGGGGCUCGUCCGGGAUAAAACGUUAAUUAAUGCAAUAAAUACAGUUAGUCCAACAGAUGUUUCAAGUUUUCACAAAAAUUUCAUAGUAGCAUUUCUUUUAUUAUUAUAAAAAAAAAAAUUAUAAAAGGAAAAGAAUAUAAAAUAGUUAUUGAGAAGAAUAAAUAAAUAAACAAACCUAUGUAAAAUGUCUUCACCGUACAUAGAGUUAGUAAGGGAAUUCAAAGAAUGGUGCCGGGGGGAAGGAUUGGAUGAAGCACAUUCUCUUGUGGUGCUGGUUCCAGAAGGGACUGAGAUUGCCCAUAUUGAAGCAACAAUGGAAACAAUCAAGGCUUUAGGCCGAGUUCGUGUGAGAGGACGGACCUACAGUCGGAAGCAUGAUUGUCUGACAGUCCUAUGUGAAUGCAAGGAGAAGCUAGAUACUAGUAAGGUCCCCCCUGAAGUCAUUCCAUUGGGAGGAACAGAGCGGUGGAGGAUUGUUCUGGUGGCUGAAAGUCCCGGGUUGGAUGAUGAUGAUCAGAACCUGCCUGAGAAUCCCCCUUCUGAUGGCUCUGCUGAGUCAUUAAUUCGAGCAGUUGGUGAUAUGCUAGCUAAAAUGGGGAGACCUUCUGGGGAGAAUAACAGUUACCGACGUUUGCGGUUGUUCUCAGGAAUGUUGCCAACCCCUCUUGGGGAAGAAACCUUAGAUCAUUGGUUGGAGCACGCCUGGCUGAUGGUGGAAGAGAGUGAUUCUUCGGCUAAGGAGAAACGACGGCGCAUAAUUGAGAGUCUUAAGGGCCCUGCUCUAGCUGUGGUGCAGGCUGUGCGGACCGCUGACCCUGAAGUCAGUCCAGCUCAGUGUUUAGAAGCCAUUGACAGUGCGUUCGGGUCUACUGAGACAGGUGAGGACUUAUAUUUUGCUUUUCGGUUGCUACAGCAGCAGCCAAAAGAAAAAUUAUCUGACUUUCUAAGGCGUUUGGAGUUGUCACUGAACAAAGUGGUUCGUCGUGGAGGUCUUUCUCCUUACCGGGCUGAUCGUGCCCGGGUGGAACAGCUUCUUAGAGGGGCUGUACACUCAGAUAUGAUGAUGGUUCAGCUUAAGCUCCGAGAACGUAAGGAAAGUCCUCCAUCAUUUUUAGAGCUUUUAAGUGAGAUCCGCGGUGAAGAGGAAUAUGAAUUCUCCAGAAGGAAGCUGAAUACAUCUGUUCAUCGAGUUCAUACAGAUUUUAAUAUGGAUAAUAGUCAGUUGGAUAUUCAGAACUUGAGAUCUGAAAUUAAAGAAUUGAAGUCAAUGUUUGCUUCUCUGGCAACCCCACCUCGCCAAGCCUUAGUGGACUACAGGGAAACAGAAUCAAUCCCAAAGGUGCCCACCUUAGAGGCAGGGGUUAAUGCUGAAGUAGCUGCUUUGAGAGCACAAGUGAAAAAGUUGCAAAAUCGACUGGCAGCUAAAAAGUCAAAUAUGUUUGAUACCCCUGCUGCAGCUUUAAGAAUAGGCCCACUGAAACAAGUACAGCAUGGAAACAGACAACUAGCCUCUAGUGAUGUUGAUGGAAAUUUUUGUUAUCGCUGUGGCGGAAAUGGACAUUUUUCUGCCAAAUGUGGAAAUGCAGAAAACCAGACGAAAGUUAUUCAGAAGCUGAUACGGCUGCUGCGGAAAGCUAAGCAGAGUGAGCCAUCUACCCCAGGGACAGAUAAAAGCAACACCGUGUGUUCAGCAAACAAAAGUGAAGUAUUCACAUUGAGAAGAGACAUUCCCCGAGGUCUCAUUGGUCCGUCUUCUAUUGUUUCAGUGAGGAUAAAUGGCCAUCAGUGUGAUGCACUUCUUGAUAGUGGCUCUCAAGUCACCAUUAUUUUUGAGACCUGGUACAAAUGCCACUUACCUGAUGUUCCUAUCCAGCCAGUGUCCGGGUUAGCUAUAUGGGGAUUAAGUGACACCAGUUACCCCUACCUGGGAUAUGUGGUAGUGGAUAUGGAGUUCCCAGAGAAAAUCACAGGCGCACAGGAGACC